UGACAGUCCAUCCUUAUGUCCACAUUACAAUUUUGCCAGGCAGAAAAUAAAGCCUUUGUUGCAGAGACGCUGCAUGUAACGCGAGUCCACAUGCUGACACAGUGGUGGGGACAAAGUGCAGGAUUAAAGCUGUAUUUCCAAAGGACAGAGAUGAAGAGGAUAAUUUUGUACUUGGGAGUCUGCAUUGCUGCUUUUAAUUUGAAUGUUACGGCUCAGGAAAACAGUGAUAUUUGCCAGGAACCGAUGGAUCGUGGACAUGAAUCAGAUCCCAAGUUAAAGAAUUUUGAAUGGUUCUAUUCGAAAGAUGAAGACAAAUGCCAACCAUUUUUCUAUAAUGGGGCUGGAGGAAACAGAAACAGAUUUUCUAAUGAGACACAUUGUUUGCAAACCUGUUCUAACAAAUAUAGUGAACUAUUUCCAGAUGGAGAUAAAGCAUGUCUCCUGCCAAAAGAACGAGGAGACUGCCGUGGCAUGAUACUGAGAUGGUACUAUGAUGAUAGCAUUAGAGACUGUGAUACAUUCCUCUUCAGUGGAUGUCACGGGAAUGGAAAUAAAUUCAUAAGCAAGAAGGAAUGUCGGAGUCUAUGUGCUUCUGGGCAAGGACGGCAUUAUGUGGAAGACGACAUUAUCAUUCAACAGAGAGAUGAAGGUGAUACUGCUGCAAUUGUGUUUGGAUGUCUUUUUGGCAUUGCAGUCAUUGCCUUCGUGGCUGUAUUUGUGAUUCGGAGGAGGAAACACAAAAGUCAAUCAAAGAAAUCAAAGAGAACAGAAGUAGAGAUGAAAUAAACAGCUCAUCAAGUUCUUGAAGAAAUAACUGUUUCCUGAAGAUGUAUUAUUAUUGGUUGGCAAGAUUACAUGAAUUUCUUCUUUUUUAGAUAAUGAUUUUGUAUACUGACUUUUUUAAGCUUGACAAAAAACAAUGUUUUGUGCCAAAUGCUCUAAAUGUCUCCAUGUGCUCCUUUUUUCGUAAAUGCAAAGAACAUAAUUCAAGCAUUUUAUUAUUAGCAAUAAACCAUACCAAAUGUUAUAAAUAAUUAAUUGUACAUUGUAAAUGGGCAAAUUGGAACUUGAUUAUGUUUGUGUAUGUCUAUAUUUUGAAUAUAGAACUUUGUCAAAGUGAGAUCUUGGACCCCAUUUGUACUUUGGUUACUUUUCUGUGAAGUUAAAGAAAUUACAAUCUAAAAAUAACUCACACGGAGAAUAUUGUUUGGUAAAAAUACAGAGCAAAAUUAGAGUAUUCUAAAUUAUGUAUUUUUGUAACUGAAAUAAACUAGAAUACAUUAUUAUGCUAUGCGUGGCACUAACCAUAAAUCAGUUCUCCGAGUAAAGUCAAAUUGUGAUAUAGCCAUGUAAGUGUAACCCACAUGGUAUCGCCUUUUCAAUAUAUUUGAAUCUAAAAUGGAAGAGCUAUUUCAACAGUCUUUAAAAUAAAUUGCACCAAUAUCUUGCUCAAAGCAAUGUUCAUAUUAUUGAAUAUCAUUAGAUUUAAGCACCAUGUAAUACAAGUGAUUGCUUCUUCAUUAUUGUUACAUUCCUUGCAUAUUUUAACUAUGUGAACAGACAGGAGCACUGAAUUAUGUCCCUUUGAACAAUUAAACAGAAGAGCAUUGGCCCAAUUUACAAAUAUUCACUGAUAUUACUGAAAUAUAAAGUUCAUGCAUUUCUUCUGGGAAUAUGGGUGGCUAACACCAAUUGACAGGAGGGGAUACAGGGAAGUCUUCCCUGACUGAAUGUUAUCCGUUCCCUCAUUCAAGUCCCUUUGCACUUAUCUUUGCAACAGUUCCUGGAGUACCUCAUGAAUUAUAUUAACGUCAUCUUUCUUAGACUUUGUGGAAGUCAACCGAGAAUACGUUUUGUUUCAAGCUGCAUCUUUACAAGACCCCAAACUGUAUCAUCCCAAAAGAUUGGGUGUGAUCAAGUACCAUAAUACACAAGAUUCACUCCAACUUGUGGCCUUAUAAAAGGAUUUCACAGUCAGCACCAGUCCAUAUGAACAUCAGGAUGACGUUAUGUGCAUUUUCAUAAUGUUGCUUUCUUGCUAAACUUACUAUGAACUGGUGCUUAAAAAGAUCUUCCAAUACAUUAAAAAAUAUAUACUUAAUCUCCAUGCAUGAAAUAAACUACAAAUAAGAAAAUUAUAUUACAAGGAUUAUGAUGAGGUUGGAUUGGUGGUAUUUCUGUAUAUAAAGUCUAAUGAUUAAUUAUUUCAUUCUGUGUGGUUGCACAUUUGAAAAUUGGCCUUCUACAUGUUAUUCUAAUAGUCAAUUAAUUAAACUAUGAUUUAACCAUCACUGUUAAUUUUAAAGGAAUUUAAUAUGUUUUCAUACCAUGGACCGUGAUUCUUGUUUGUUAAUACAAAGAAUAUUGUGUUCAAUGCUAUGUAUUUGAAAUAUCAAAAUUGAAAAUAAAUCUGAUGCAGCAGUGUCUAUUAUUUCAUAAA